AGGUUUUAGUGUAUUGGGGGUAUCUCAGAAGAGAGCUAAUAACAUUGGAGGCGUGUUCUAAGGUUCUCCCAAGCUGUCUCUUGGCGCUGCCGGCUCUCUAUUCUGAGUUUAUAUUUUAGAAGGCGGGGUGGAGGUGGAGGAAGGUGUUAAGGAAAGCUUAGUGGAAGGAGGUACUUCCCGGGCAGCUGAGAGGAGAAGAAACUCGGAACUCCAGCUUUGGCACUCCUCGUUUCCCAGGCAUCCCACGUGUCUGCUGUUCAUGAGUUCCUGUCAAUCAAAUCCCCCCACCCCUUCCCCAGCCUUCCUGCUACGGAAAGUGUUAAGGCGGCUGCGGUGCCUAGCGCACCCAGAGUGCCGCGCGGCGGGCGGGUUUGGAUUUUAAAUCCCCGCGGCCAAUCAGUGGCGCGUAGGCUUUUGUAACGUUCCCGGCGCCGCGUUUGAAUUCGAGGAGGAGCUGAGCGGUGUCAAACCUCUACCUAGACUCUGGAGGGCCACUGAACAACUCCGGGAACAUGAGCACGGCAGCAACAGUAGGGAAGCUGGCGCGGGCAUCAGCCGACCCAGGGAAAGCCGGGGGGCCCGGCGCUGCCGCUCCGGGGCCCCCGGCGGCUGCCCCGCCGGGGAAGGAGAUCCCGGAGGUCCUAGUAGACCCACGCAGUCGACGGCGCUAUUUGCGGGGCCGCUUUCUGGGGAAGGGCGGCUUUGCCAAGUGCUUCGAGAUCUCGGACGCGGACACUAAGGAGGUGUUCGCUGGCAAGAUCGUGCCUAAGUCGUUGCUGCUUAAGCCGCACCAGAAGGAGAAGAUGUCCAUGGAGAUAUCCAUUCACCGCAGCCUCUCCCACCAGCAUGUCGUAGGCUUCCACGGCUUUUUCGAGGACAACGACUUCGUGUUCGUGGUAUUGGAGCUCUGCCGCCGGAGAUCUCUCUUGGAGCUGCACAAACGGAGGAAAGCAUUGACUGAGCCUGAGGCCCGCUACUAUCUGCGGCAGAUCGUCCUUGGCUGCCAGUACCUGCACCGAAACCGGGUCAUUCACCGGGACCUCAAGCUAGGCAACCUCUUCUUGAACGAGGAUCUGGAGGUGAAAAUAGGGGAUUUUGGACUGGCAACCAAAGUCGAAUAUGAUGGGGAACGGAAGAAGACCCUGUGUGGAACUCCUAAUUACAUAGCUCCUGAGGUGCUGAGCAAGAAAGGGCACAGUUUUGAGGUGGAUGUGUGGUCCAUUGGGUGUAUCAUGUAUACCUUGUUAGUGGGCAAACCACCUUUUGAGACAUCUUGCCUAAAAGAGACCUAUCUCCGGAUCAAGAAGAAUGAGUACAAUAUUCCCAAGCACAUCAAUCCCGUGGCUGCCUCCCUCAUCCAGAAGAUGCUUCAGACCGACCCCACUGCCCGCCCCACCAUCCAUGAGCUACUCAAUGACGAGUUUUUUACCUCUGGCUAUAUCCCCGCCCGUCUCCCCAUCACCUGCCUCACCAUUCCACCCAGGUUUUCCAUUGCUCCCAGCAGCCUGGACCCCAGCAACCGGAAGCCUCUCUCUGUCCUCAAUAAAGGCACAGAGAACUCCAUGCCUGAGCAGCCCCGAGAAAAAGAGGAACCAGCAGUCCGAGAGACCAGUGAGGCAGUGGACUGCCACCUUGGUGACUUGCUGCAGCAACUGCACAGCGUCAAUGCCUCUAAACCCUCAGAUCGGGGGCUGGUGAGGCAAGAAGAGGCUGAGGAUCCUGCCUGCAUCCCCAUCUUCUGGGUCAGCAAGUGGGUGGACUAUUCGGACAAGUAUGGCCUUGGAUAUCAACUGUGUGACAACAGCGUAGGGGUGCUCUUCAAUGACUCAACACGCCUUAUCCUCUACAACGAUGGUGACAGCCUGCAGUACAUAGAGCGUGACGGCACCGAGUCCUACCUCACUGUGAAUUCCCAUCCCCACUCCUUGAUAAAGAAGAUCACCCUCCUUAAGUAUUUCCGAAACUACAUGAGCGAACACUUGCUGAAGGCGGGGGCCAAUAUCACACCACGGGAGGGUGAUGAGCUGGCCCGGCUGCCCUAUCUGCGUACCUGGUUUCGUACCCGCAGUGCCAUCAUCCUGCACCUUAGUAAUGGCUCUGUGCAGAUCAACUUCUUCCAGGACCACACCAAACUCAUCCUGUGUCCACUGAUGGCUGCUGUGACUUACAUUAAUGAGAAGCGGGACUUUCGCACAUACCGCCUGAGCCUCCUGGAGGAAUAUGGCUGUUCCAAGGAGCUGGCCAGCCGGCUCCGAUAUGCCCGCACCAUGGUGGACAAGCUGCUGAGCUCACGCUCAGCCACCAAUCGCCUCAAGGCCUCCUCGUAGGCCUGUCCCCUCUGGACUGGUGACCCUUCCCCCCCCCCAGCACCUUGGCCUCUUGUGGUUAGCUCCCACAGUGCUGGUUUCUAUAGUGUGUCCCCAACCCUGGUAGCUGUGGAGAGAGCCAUAGCAGGUGGGGGCUGCUGUGUAAGUUAUUUUUGUACAUGUUCGAGUGUGGGUUCUGUGGCCCCUUCCCUUCCUUCUCAACCCUGCCGUAUGUACAGAAUAUUGCUGUUGGAUUCAGGACUGUCCUUUCCUUGCCUUUAUAUACAUUAAACACAUGAGAAUUUU